AUAGUUGAAUCCUUCAGUCUGUACUUAACUUAGCUGCAGCCAUGUCAUUGUCGGACGUUGGAUCUGCACUGCAAGGCCUCAUUCUAUCGCAGGGUGGCCUGAAGCUGCUGAAGGACCGGAACUGUAUCGUGCGCUUGGACAACGACCCGAAGGACGAAACAGUAAAACUGAUUUCCGGUGGGGGCAGCGGACACGAACCAGCCCACGCUGGCUACGUAGGCCAGGGAAUGCUUUCGGGUGCCGUUUGCGGAAAUGUAUUCAGUUCUCCUUCGGUUACGGCAAUUUUGGACUGUUUGAGAACGGUGACCGACCGGGAUGGAGGCGUAAUUUUCAUUGUCAAGAAUUAUACCGGAGACAGAUUGAACUUUGGAAUUGCGGUGGAACUGGCACGAACCACGUAUGGAUUCCGGGACGUACGGAUGCUGUUGGUUGGCGAGGAUUGUUCUAUUGAGAAUGAGAAGGUGAGGAAAUCGGUUGGUAAGCGCGGAUUGGCCGGUGUCGUGUUGGUGCAUAAGAUAUUAGGUGCUAUGGCGGAGAGUGGAAUGACGAUUGAAGAUGUUUAUAGCUUUGGCGAAGGGCUUGUUGAGAGUGGAAAUUUGGCUACGAUUGGAUUUACGUUUGAGCUGAACGAUGGCACGUUGGAGAACAUCGAGAUAGGAAAGGGCAUCCACGGUGAACCGGGAGUUUAUACGAUGCAAGCUUGCAAGGAUUUUGAAGAAAUAAUCGAUUUCAUUAUUGGUAAGCUGGUUACUAGUGUACCUAAAUCGGCGGAAGUAGUGCUGUUGGUGAACAAUCUUGGAGGAACUUCGGAAUUUCUAAUGAGUGUUUUCUUGGAGGCCUUUCUCAAUAAAAUUGAACAUGUAUACGGCGUAAAGCGGAUCUACAGUGGAGCUUAUCUAACUUCACUGGACCAGGCUGGAAUUUCAGUGACUGUUUUGAACAAUGGAUAUUCCCAGAAUCUUUUGGAGUAUCUGGAUUGUAAAGUCAAUGUUGCAUCAGCGCUGUUCGGAUCGACUUCUAGAUUCGCUUUACCGCCAUCAAAGGUAGUUACCGUGGAAGCAUCGAAGCCAUUGAAGAUUGCCGAGAGCUCAAAUGCGUGCUCGAUUAGUUCGGAAUUUGGCGCCAAACUUGCGUUAAAUAUUGUUCACUUUGUCUGCGAGGCCUUGGUUUCCUGUACAGGCAUGCUGAACACCAUCGAUAAGGAAACAGGUGAUGGCGAUACUGGUAGUACCGUGGGAAAAGGAGCUGAAUCUGUUUUGCAACAUCUGAUUGCGAAGAAACUGGAUCUGAUGCACCCCGGCAUUCUGCUUCAACAGAUUAGUAUCAUAUUACAGCAGGAUAUGGGUGGAUCGUCCGGUGCUUUGUACAGCUUGUUUUUCCAGGGCGCAGCUUCGACUUUUAUGAAUACAAUGGAAGCCCAUCAAUCCAUCGGGAUCGAACACUGGAGUCAAGCUUUGAGCAACGGUAACGACAAAAUCGUCAAGUAUGCCUUCACCCAGCUUGGAGAUCGUACUAUGUUGGAUCCUCUACGAGAAGGUGAGAAACGGCUGAAGCAGUCAAUUGUGCAAGGAUUACCAUUACUCGACUGCGUGGAAAGCUUCACCAAAGGAUGUGAGGAAGCAGCACGGGCUACUCAGCACAUGGUUCCCAAGUCUGGUCGCGCUUCGUAUGCUGCUUCUUCGGAAACUCCUAAAUCCUACCAAUUUGCAGAUCCGGGGGCACUCGGAGUGUCCAUUUGGGCGCGGGCUUUGUUAGAAGCUUGCAGACAAGUUAUUGUUGAAUAAGAAAGAUUAAUAAAUA